CUCCCUCUCACCUAAGGAGACAGACAGAACCAUUUGUUUCUUUAGGCACCAUUCUUCACAAUAUAAAAAAGCUUACCAGUAAACAAUACAAGAAAUUAAACUAUUAUUGGACAUACCACAAAAUUCUAAGGAGAUUUGGCAUUGUUAAAGCUCAAAGUGUCAAACUAUGGAUCCAUACCAGAGACAAAGACCGUUUGGGUCAGCCGGCGAAGGUGGCAGCAGCGGCGGCUCCGAUAUGCCCCGUGAGAUGGUUGACAAUAAGAAGAAAAAGAAGCUUCUCCACCGUGAUAUUGAACGCCAGAGAAGACAAGAGAUGGCUACACUCUUUGCUUCGCUUCGUACUCACCUACCUCUCCAAUACAUUAAGGGGAAGAGAGCUGUUUCGGAUCAUGUAAACGGAGCGGUGAAUUUCAUUAAGGACACGGAAACACGGAUUAAAGAACUUAGUGCAAGAAGAGACGAGCUAAGCAGAGAAACAUGUCAGACAUAUAACUCGGGUCCAGAUCCAGCAGGAACUACUGGAUCCGAGUUAGGGAAUUCGUAUCCUGCGAGUGUGAUGGUGCAACCAUGCGUGAGCGGUUUCGAAGUGGCUGUGAGCAGCAACUCGUCAGGUCCCGAAGCUUUGCCACUCUCAAGAGUGCUUGAAGUACUUCAGGAGCAAGGGCUUGAAGUCAUCAGCUCUCUCACCACUAGAGUCAAUGAGAGGCUCAUGCACAAUAUCCAAGUCGAGGUUAACAGUUUUGGAUGCUUGGACUUAGCUUGGUUGCAGCAGAAGCUAGUUGAGGAGUUGAUACUUUAGACGGGAAAUAUCUAAAGCUUUCAUGAAACUUCAUCUUGGGAGCAGGCCUUGAAAUAUAUUUUUGGAUGGAUGCAUAGCUUCAGUUUAAACAAGUUCUGGUGCUUACUGCAAAAAGGAUUUUAAGGGUAGGUCAUAAUGUUCACCAUCAUUCAACGCAGACACCGUAAAGGCUGAGGCUGUGAUGUUUGCAAGCAGUUUUUCGUCACAAUUUAAGGUUUUUAUUUCUUAUAUGUUUGCUUACAUUUUGCUUCUAUUCAUCAGCUCCAGGAUUCAGCUAUCAGAUUUCCCUUUCAUUUUAAAUAGCAUAUUUUGUAUCAUUUCAUUGUUGUGUUUUCAUGCGGGCUUUUAGUAGAAUAUAAGGUUUUAUAUAAUAUAUUUAUAUAUAAU